AUGCCUGUUCUGCCGCAAGGUUACACAAUUAGAAGACUUGAACCACAAGACUAUGAUGGUGUCGUAGAGACCCUAAAAGUCUUGACUGUUGUGGGCAAUGUAACUCGAUCCCAAUUCGAAGAGACACUAAAUUACUGGAAAGAAACCACCGUGAAAAUCGGAGUUCACUCUAUACCAGCCUACAACCCGCAUGUAAUUGUGGAUGAUAGUGACCGGGUCGUAGCCACGGGGACAGUCUUCAUCGAGCGCAAAAUUAUACGGGACUGCGGGUUGGUCGGCCAUGUGGAAGACAUUGCAGUCGCGAAAGAUCAACAGGGAAAGCAGUUAGGGCUGCUUUUAAUUCAGCAUUUGACCAAAUUAGCGCAUGAUCAAGGAGCCUAUAAGGUUAUUUUGGAUUGUGAUGAUAAGAACGUAGGUUUUUACGAGAAAUGUGGGUACCGCAGAUGUGGUGUAGAGAUGGAUCACAGGUUAUGA